UCUAAUGGCGGCGCCCAUAGUUAUUUAUCGACGACGGGUAAAGAUCAACCUUAAAAAAUGGAGCAAAUCAUAUGUGGUAAAUUUGGGCAUGGCAUUUUAUUAAUCUCCAAAACCUGCAGACAUCCGGUAACAAUCACUAAUACACGGAAACUAAUGUCUGGAAAAUUUAGUAGGCAAUGUAGACCAUUAUUAGCAUCACCACAACUGAGACACUUUGCAAAUCCAUAUCGUGGAUAUGCUAUGGUGAUAACAAGAAUCUUAAGGGGUGCAUUAAAAAUUCGAUAUCUUCUUUUGGGAGGUGCAGUUGGUGGCGGUGUUACUUUGCAAAAAAAAUAUGAACAAUGGAAGGAUGGAUUACCAAAUUUGGAGUGGGUACACAAUUUGAUGCCUGAUGAAAAACAAUGGCAAGAUUUUCGAGAAUCACUUAUAACAAUUAAAAAUAAUGUAGGUGAUAAGAUUGAGAUUGAUCCACGUAUAAAGGAGUUUGGACUAACUAAAUAUCAAGAAUACAGGAUGUGGUUUGAUCAAAGAUUGGAUGACGCUAUUAAGGCAGCGGAAAGUCGCCAAAAAGAUUACCAAGAGAAUAACUCGAUACAGAGUGCAUUUGAUACCAUCUCAUUGGUAGCUAAACAAGCUUACUCAGCAGAAACAAAAGAUCAAUUGUCCAAAAAUGUGAUUGCCUUUGCACGUCCAUUGGCUAAUGAUAGUACCGGAGAGGAACGUAAGAAAGCUCAAUCGUCACAACAGAGAAUGAAUGCUAUGCAAGAUGAGUUGAUGCAGAUGCAAUUGAAAUAUCAGCGUGAAAUAGAGAGAUUAGAAAGGGAGAACAAAGAGUUACGCAAACAAAUACUUUUGCGAGGAAAUCAAAAGUUUAACAAUAAGAAGAUAAAAAAAUCGUUAAUCGAUAUGUACAGCGAUGUCUUGGAUGAACUUAGCGACUAUGAUAGUACUUAUUCCAUUGCUGAUCAUUUACCUAGAGUAGUAGUCGUUGGUGACCAAAGCUCCGGUAAAACAUCUGUGCUUGAAAUGAUAGCUCAAGCAAGGAUAUUUCCUAGAGGCGGAGGUGAAAUGAUGACGAGAGCACCAGUCAAAGUCACAUUGAGCGAAGGUCCUUAUCAUAUAGCGCAAUUUAAGGAUAGUUCCAGGGAAUUUGAUCUUACGAAAGAAUCGGAAUUAGCCGAGCUCAGACGAGAGGUAGAACUGCGAAUGAAAAAUAGCGUUAAAAAUGGAAAAACAGUUAGUCCGGAUGUCAUAUCUAUGACUGUUAAAGGACCAGGUCUUCAACGUAUGGUUCUAGUCGAUUUACCUGGUAUUAUUAGCACCGUAACCGUCGAUAUGGCGGAAGACACUCGCGAAGCAAUUAAACAGAUGAGCCAACAGUAUAUGAGUAAUCCUAAUGCGAUUAUUCUCUGUAUACAAGACGGAUCCGUCGACGCGGAAAGAAGUAACGUGACCGAUCUUGUUGCCCAAAUGGAUCCAUCGGGUAAAAGAACAAUUUUCGUCUUGACAAAAGUCGAUAUGGCGGAAGAGAAUUUGACUAAUCCUGAUAGACUGCGCAAAAUAUUAUCUGGCAAACUGUUUCCGAUGAAAGCAUUAGGCUAUUUUGCUGUAGUUACUGGUCGAGGCAGAAAAGACGAUAGUAUACAAACAAUCAAAGAUUACGAACAACAAUUCUUUAGAAAUUCUAAGCUCUUCAAGGAUGGUUUAGCGAUGUCGGGUCAAGUAACUACAAAAAAUUUGAGUUUGGCGGUAGCCGAAUGUUUUUGGAAGAUGGUUCGUGAGACUGUAGAACAACAAGCAGAUGCAUUUAAAGCAACGAGAUUUAACUUGGAAACAGAAUGGAAAAAUAAUUUUCCAAGAUUAAGAGAACUAGAUAGAGACGAGCUUUUUGAAAAAGCACGAGGUGAAAUCUUGGACGAAAUUGUCAAUUUGUCGCAAGUAUCGCCGAGACAUUGGGAAGAAGUGCUAAUGACUCGAAAUUGGGAUAAAGUCAGCAUGCAUGUAUUUGAAAACAUCUACUUGCCUGCUGCUCAAAGUGGAAAUCCAAAUACAUUUAAUACGACUGUCGACAUAAAAUUGAGACAGUGGACCGAGCAGCAACUACCUGCGCGUAGCGUCGAAAGCGGAUGGGAAUGUUUACAGCAAGAAUUCCAGAAUUUUAUGACGCAAGCUCGACUUAGUCAGGAUCACGACGAUAUCUUCGACAACCUCAAGAAUGCCGUCGUGAAUGAGGCAAUGAGACGACAUUCGUGGGAAGAGAAGGCGUCAGAAAUGCUACGCGUUAUCCAACUUAACAUUUUGGAAGACAGAAGCGUGAACGAUAAACGUGAAUGGGAUCAAGCGGUAAGAUUCCUAGAAACUUCGGUGAAGGAAAAACUGCAAAGUACAGAGCAUAUCCUGCGCGAUAUGUUGGGCCCCAAUCGCAAGGAACGGUGGCUCUAUUGGCAGAGUCAGACGGAAGAACAACAAAAACGUACGGCGGUUAAGAAUGAGCUAGAUAAAAUUCUUUAUGCAGACAAAAAACAUGCACCUACUCUGACACAUGAUGAGCUUACAGCUGUUAGAAAGAAUUUACAACGUAAUGGAUUUGAAGUCGAUAACGAAUUUAUUCGAGAAACAUGGCAUCCUGUAUAUAGAAGAUUUUUCCUACAACAGAGUUUAGCGAGAGCAUACGAUUGCAGGAAAGGCUACUAUCUAUAUCAUACUGGGCACGAAAAUGAAAUGGAAUGCAAUGACGUAGUGCUUUUUUGGCGAAUUCAGCAAAUGCUGAAAGUUACUGCGAAUGCUCUUCGACAACAAAUCAUGAACAGAGAAGCUCGAAGAUUGGAUAAAGAGAUUAAAGAAGUUUUGGAGGAUUAUAGUCAAGACAGUGAAAUAAAGGAGAAACUACUCACAGGCAGACGAGUCGUAUUAGCUGAAGAACUCAAACGGGUUAGGCAGAUUCAAGAGAAGUUAGAAGAAUUUAUUCAAGCGCUAAAUAAAGAAAAAUGAAUAUAGCUCAAUUAUCAUUGAAAUUAAUUAUCAUUGAAUUUGGACAUCACAUGUUGCGCGCAGAGCGAAUUUCUGACAUCACUCGAUUGAAUAGACGAAAGACGAAUCUGUACAUUCAGAGACUAAUGUCUCGUGGAAUAGCAGUAUACGUUCUUGCAGAUUUAUACAAUUUUAUUGGGGAAAUUAAUUAAGUCCUCGAAUACAAAAUAUCGAAUCCAAGAGCAUUAUGUCGACAUAGGCAUGUAAUAAGCCCAUACGCUUAUCAAGUUUGUGUGAUAUGAAUAAACCAAAUUAUUUAUGCCCUUUGAUACAACUCAGAUUUGUAAAUAUGAGACUGAUACUUGACUGAAACUUGAAAGAGUGUUAUGUGAAAUUAUCUUCAAUGUAUGAGGAUUUGUUCAUGUAAGAAUAUUAUACGAUCAGUAAUAUGAUGAAAUUAAUAUAUUACAACAUUACAAUUGUUUGAUAAGUAAAACAUUUAUAUAAAAAUGAAAUAGUAUAAUACAAUCGUGUUAUAAUUAUAUAAAUUCAUCAUUAUGGGCGAUAAGCAUAGUAAAUAAUCGAGGCUGUUACAUGCUGCAGAAUGUAGAAAUUAAAAAAUAUAUAUAGGCUGCUAUAUAUAUUCGAAUAAAUAAGUCAAUCGUA